AUGGCCACUACCCGUGUCCUCAAUACCCCUGAGCUCCUUUCCCUCAUUGGCCAUGCCUGCUGCCUGCCCUGGCAGUACUACAACAGAGAUGAGGUCCACGGUGACUCUGACCUGCAUGAGGUCCUUGCCUUGCACAUGGUGUCCAGGGACUUCUCCCACCACUUCUCCCGCCCCUUUCCCCGCACUGCACUGAGCAUCUGCACGGCCCAUCAACUCCAUACCCUCUUCUUGGAUGUCAUAGCAUUUGAAGAGCACGGAUGUCAAUGUGCACUCAGCGGUGGUGAUCCACAGCGUGUCCACAUCAACUUUCUCAAUCUUUAUCUUCUGGAGGUCGACUUGCACAAUGAGACCAACAAUGGCCCUCUGCUCUGGGACAUCGCUCAAUGUGCCACCCCAUACAUGACAAACUGGACAGAGCUCAACAUUGUCACCAGCAACAACUCGUCCACAACAAUGCUGAGUCGUGCCGGACACUGGUGGAGACCCUCCCUCUGCCGCAUCCAAACACUGCGGCUCAAGGAUGAGUGCAACUAUGGGGUGGGCCAGGUGUCUCUCACCUCCAACUUGGGUGCAUUCUUGCAGACCUACAACUUCACCCACCAUGACCUCGCGCUCCACACACAGCUCCUUACCAUCCUCCCACAUCUCCGACACUUCUACCUCCAGUACCUGCACUGGCAGCCACUUGGCAUUACCUGGGAAGACCCACAGGGUGGCACCGGGUAUGGCCGCAUGUUCCACAUCCUUUAA